GGUCUGCACUUUUAGUAAACAGUUCAUCUUUUAGUAAGCAUGUGCGGCUCUUAUCCAAAGCUGGGCCAGACUCUGGUCCUGCUGUGCUCUCCCGUUGGAUCUCUGACAUGGAGGAAAUGCUGUCCUUCUGGGAUGUGGCCAUUGAUUUUUCUCCAGAAGAGAAAGAAUGCCUGGAGCCUGCUCAGUGGGAUCUGUACAGGGAUGUGAUGCUGGAGAAUUUCAGCCACCUUGAUUUCCUGGGUCUUGCUGUUGCUAAACCAUACUUGGUAACAUUUCUGGAGCAAAACCAAGGAUCUUCGGGUGUGAAAAGCCAAACAUCAGCCACCAUUCCUCCAGGAACAACAGGCAAUGAAUUUAACAAUCACAAUGAGGCCAUUGAUCACAGCUCUCUAAGUAUGCAAUGCCAGAGAAUUCAUACAGGAGAGGAACCCUACUACUUUGAAGACUGUGGUAAGGCCCUUAGUUCUCAGGCAACACUUUCUGUACUCCAGGGACAUUUUAUUGGCGACAAACCCUACAAGUGUAGAGAAUGUCAUAAAACUCUUAGUAGUCGCUCAUCACUUUUAAUACACCAGAAAUAUCACACUGAUGAGAAAACCUACAAGUGUGAAAAAUGUGGCAAAGGGUUUUUCCGUUCCUCAGAUCUUCAGCAUCAUCAAAAAAUUCAUACUGGAGAGAAACCAUACAAAUGUGAAGAGUGUGACAAAGCCUUUCUUCAUCACUCAUAUCUUAGGAAACACCAGGCAAUUCAUACUGGAGAGAAACCCUACAAGUGUGAAGAGUGUGGAAAUUCAUUUUACUAUCCUGCAAUGCUGAAGCAACAUCAAAGAAUUCAUUCUGGAGAGAAACUUGACAAGUGUGAAGAAUGUGGGAAAGUAUUUUCCUCUGCUUUCUUUCUUAACCAGCAUAAAGGAAUUGAUUCCGGAGAGAAAAGGUACAAGUGUCAAGAAUGUGGCAAAUCCUUUUGCUAUCGUUCAUAUCUUAGGGAACAUUAUAGAAUGCAUUCUGGAGAGUAUCCCUACAAGUGUGAAGAAUGUGGCAAAGGGUUUUCCCGUUCCUCAAAGCUUCAGGAACAUCAAACAAUUCAUACUGGAGUUAAACCUUACAAGUGUGAAGAGUGUGGGAAAUGUUUUUCCUCUUUUACGUCCCUUAAAAGACAUCAAAUCAUCCAUUCUGAAGAUACUCCCCAUGAGUGUGUAGAAUGCGGCAAAAGGUUUUCUAGUUCUUCCCGCCUUCAGGAACAUCAGAAAAUUCACAUUGAAGAGAAACCCUACAAAUGUGAAGAAUGUGACAAAGCCUUUCUUUAUCACUCGUUUCUUAGGAGACACAGAGCAGUUCAUACUAGAGAGAAACCCUACACGUGUGAAAAGUGUGGGAAAUGUUUUUCUUCCUUUACAUCCCUGAAAAGACAUCAAAUCCAUUCCAUAGACAUUUCCCAUGAGUGUGUAUAAUGUGGCAAAAGAUUUUCUAGUUCUUUCCACCUACAGGAACAUCUAGAAAUUCAUACUGGAGAAAUCAUACAAAUAUGAAGACUGUCACAAAGCCUUUCUUUAUCAUUCAUUUCUUAGGAGACUUGAGGCAGUUCACAGAGAGAAACCAUACAAGUGUGAAGAGUAUGGGAAAUGUCUGUUCUUUUCUUCAACCCUUAAAAGACAUCAAAUAAUUCAUUAUGAAGUCAGUCUCUACAAGUGUGGGGAAUGUUUAAAGCUCCUUGUAUGCUGUCUACUCUUAAGAAACACAAAUUUGUUCAUUUUGGAGAGGAAGAGUUAGAGCUUACAUUCCAAAAUAUUCAUACUGUAGAAAAACCAUACAAGUGUGAACAGUGUCUCAUUGCAGGAUCUUACCGCUGUGUACCCACCAAGUUAAUUAUUUUGAAAUGUUAAGUAGGUAAUAUCCACCAGGAAAAUACUAAGAAUGUGAUUAGAGGCCAGUAGAGAUGUUACUUUGAUGUAAUCUUUCCACUACUCUAUAAAGCAGUGGGUUUGGAAUAUACUUUGAUAAAUUUCUUUCUUCUGUGACUAUCAAUACACCAUGAAGUUGUUACCAUGCUGUUACAUUGUUGUUUAGGUUGCCUGAACCUGAGUACUGGGCCAUGGUAUAGUUACUAUUGUUUUUCCCAGCAGGGUCACCCAAGCGCCUGUAAUAAUGUCUCUUAUGGGUUUUGUAAGAAGUUCCAUAAACUCACAUUUCUCACCAAGAUGGACUUUGGUGAAAUGAUCUGCAUUGGUGCCUGCCAGCUUGAGGUGUAUGAGAAUUAAUGUUUGUCUCCCCCAGGAAGUGCUGAAAGAACAGGUUGUCAGUCACGUUUGGUUCCAGAAUAGAAAAUCUCUAAUCUGCUUUAAUUAAGUAAGUAGUGUGUGAGUGUGUGUGUAUGUGUACCAUCAUCAUUUUCAUAGCAACAAAUGCACAUACUGUAAUAGGACCAAAGCAAAUGUCACAUACUGUGAUAAGGACCAAAGCCAAAUGCACUCACUGAGCAUAGAUGAUAGAUUUGAUUAUUGUUGGGACCUAGGAAAAAUAUUAAAGCCUAGAUGGAACGUUAUGGCCUAGGUGAAAUGUUAAGGCUUAGGUAACAGUUACCUGCCAUUAUAAGGAAACUUUAUCACAUGUUUCUGCUGCUAUUAGGAAAUUUUCUAAUGUGAAGAUUGAUUAAAUAUUCUGUUAUAUUCUCUGCUCUUGGAAACCAAUCACUAUAGAAGUCAGUAAAACUGUUUUGUGUAGUUACCCACAAUAAACUUGGACCUGAACCAACCAUCCAAUAGCACUUCCUGUACCUCUGUAUCUGUUGUUGUGGUAUAAACUGCUCCUGGAAUAGGCACCUAUGUAUGAGAUAUAAAAACUAUUUAUAAUACUAUUUUGAAUUAUACAUGAGUAAUGUUUAAGUUCCCAAGACCUCCUGGGGAAAUGACAUCUAACUUGGCAGAAAGAGAUAUGUAAGUGGGUAACUGACAUCCUGGUUGCCAAAUUAAUACAUGAAUGUUAGACCAAGUAAGUCUCUGACACAGUGGAAUACUUCAACCAAUGGGAGCAGGAUAAGUGCACAACAAAGACAUGUUCCUGAGGAAACCCCCUAUCCCUAAUUCCUAAAGGUAAAAUAACUUGUCACAGAUGUUUGUAGAUUUGGGCUUAAAAAUCCUGUAAGAUCUAAACUCUAUGUCAUUGUUCUAUUCCCAAAUCUGGACCGUGGCCCUGGUCAGUCGGUCCUUGGGCGUAUGUUCAAUAAACUAUCUUUGUCUGUAA